AUGAUUAAUCUGCGCAGUCCGGCUACCACCGGUGGGUCUGGCUUCCGGUGCCUCCCCUUCGGUGGGGCUCCCGGCGGACGCAGCAUCAGGUCGAAGGCGUACUGGAAUGCGGCGUCGCGACUCCGUCUCAGCCGCCAUCUCAGGUGCAAAAUCGAGGAUUACACAACAGAGGCGCUGCGACCGACGCAUCGCCAACGCCAGCGGCUGCCGCUGCCGCAGACAUGCGCGGCAGCGACACAGCGGCCGCUGGCUCCGCCGUCGGCUCUGCCUCAGCAACUACAGCAGCAUGCGGACGAAAGCGCUGUGCAGCGGACCCUGGGGGAGGUCUGGGCAACCGGAGCACACGCAGACACGGCUGCGGCCGCGCUAAGACAACCAUUGUUGACGACGCCUGCAGCCGCGGCAACGGCGGCGGUAGCGCCGGCACUGACGUGCGUCCCCAGCUCCGUACCCCUCACUUCCGCCAUCAACAGCUCAGAAAGCCCCAACGGAGCCGAGUACGUGAGCGGAGUUGCCGACGCCACCGCCAUGCCGGUCAUGUUAGGCGCGCAAGCUGCCACCGAGCCGUCUGUGCAGCAGCUCGCCACAACUGGCGCUGCCGAUAGCCCGCCGCCGAGCUGCAUGCUGGCAGGGGAUGGCGCUGGCGGCGCUACCAGUCCGUUUGGAAUGGACGCUUUGUACGGCAUCUGCUCACCUGCAGCACUGGACUUAAACACGCCUACCAGCGGCUCGCCGUUCAUCCUCAGCCCCCUGAUGCGCCUCCAACGAGAGGACACCGGGGGCCUAUCAGGCUGGCUGGCAUCACCGCCGUCGGCGCUGGAACGCACCAACACAAAGGAAGCUGUUGGCGGUGCCGGUGCCGGUGCCUCGGGCUGCUGCCUUGCCGGGGCGCACUCGACGUUCUCCGCUGGUCGCUUCUUUGGUUCGAUGAGCUCGCCUGCCAAACGGGGUGGGGAUGAAGCCGGUGCAGCAACAGCCGGCGCGAUGGACACGUCAGCCAGAGCCGAUGCGCAGGGCGGCCGGAAUGCAACGGACGAUACGAUGCGGCCGAACCAUGGACAAGCUAGUGGCACACAGCAAGAGACACCCGCGGAGGCCCCUCUGGCGCCGGAAGAUCCUGGCCGGGAUGGCCCGUUGGCAAACACUUCAGAAGCUGCAGCCGCCGCAACAGCAGCUGCGGCGGCAGUAGCGGUUGCGGCUGCAACACCGGCAGGCGGAAACCCCGCAAAGGACGUGCAGAAGGAGGAUCUCGUACAGCGGCUUUACAGCACACCGAUGCAUGCGGGGAAUGCCCCCGAAGCGACAGCAGUUCAACCCAAGGUGGUAGAUAACCCGGCGGCUGCAAUGGGGCCGGCCCCCAACGAUGAUCUUGCACUCGGCCGAGAGCCUGGAAGUGACUGCCGUAGCCCGCAGGAACCGGCGGUCUUGCCGUCUAAGCCUGGGCCACACGUGGAGGACAAUGACGGCGCUGGUGGUGCCCGCAGCAGUGGUGUGGCUCCUGCAACUAAUGCCGGUGCAGCUUCUGCAGCUAAUGCAAUGGAGUUACCGCAGGGGAAGGAGAACGCUGCAGGCGCGCCCGAGGCGUGCCAGGCUGCUCCCGCAACUUUUCCCGGCGCUGCGGGUAUGGCUCCCAUGCUGGAGGUGGUACAGACUGCGAUGUCACCGCCGGCUGCAGCAUUCGCGGUGUCAGGGCGUUACGGACGCAGGGCGCGAGCCCGCAAGCUGCAGCUUGAACUGGACGUAAGUGCUUGCGGGCGGAGUGAUCCAGAGGCUACUGCUGCUGCGGCGGCGGCGGCGGCUACGGGCCAGGAGGGCAGCGCCGCCGUGCAGGUGCCGUCGGAGGCAUCCCCGCUGAAAUUGAACGGGGGAAUCUCGACAGGAUUGGGCAUUGCUGAGCUGUCUCAGCAUGCCCCGCAGCACACGAAGGUAGAAGGCGCCGGGCAGGCGUCGCGGCGGGCUCCUUUCCGUCGGGGGGUGCGCUCGGGAACUCGAUCGGCGAUUGCUGCCGCCCUCGGCCCUUCGGCGACGGCCGAGCCUGCCGAACGCAUGAUCGGCUUGGGCUCUGCCGAUGCCGGCAAAGCUUCAGUUGAAGGAGCGUCCGCGUGCCUCACUCCAGCGGCAGCAGGAGCUGCAACUCCCGAAGCAGGCACGAUGGGGAUUCCAGAGGGCAAUAGACACAGCGUUGCUGCAGCCGCACCUUUUGCGGAUGCUGCCUCUGCGGCAGGCACUGCAGCCGCCGUUCCAGCAAGUGGGCCAGCUGGCAGCGCACCUGCGGACCCCUCCUCAUCUGCUGCUGUUGUCCCCGGAAGGAUGGGGAACCAGCAGUCAUCUGAGGCGGCUGACGUGGCCACACGUCGGCGGUCAUCCAAGAGGCUCUGCUUGCGCAGGCUGAAGGCUAACCAUAUUUGCGAAAGGCCGGAGGCGGAGCAGGCGGGCACGGCAGCCGAAAUUCUGCCUGAUUCUACCCGUACUAAUAGCAAUCAAGCGCAGGAUCAGGCGCGACAGGAGCCGGUCCGGCCAUUGCCGACGCCGGACGUGUCAGCCGAGCCCCUGCGGCUUGCCCCGCUGGAAGGGCCCCCGCCUCCACAAUCGCCAGGUGCGCUUCCGGAUUCGGAGCUGCUGCCAACUAUGGCCGGCGAUCCCAUUGGGAAUCCGACUGCGGAUCCCGCUGCUGGUCCGCUCCCUGAGGCGCAUGGGAAUAUCGGCACCGCGGCAGGCUCGGCGACGACAGUGAAGCCUGAUGUAGAAGUACCGGGAGGCAAGGCACCACCGGUUGCCAAAGCACCAUCCGCCGUGGCCGCGCCUCCAUUGGCCUGUAAGGGAGGCCCGCCUAGCAAAUCGGAAGUCGAUGCACAGCUUGUGCUGCCUCCUGUUACCCGCAGCCAACACGCGGGCGGCGGCCCCACGCGUCCCAUUCGUGGCGCCCGCGCCGCGGCGUCCCCGACUGAGACGGAGAUCGAGGCCGGACAGGACGGUAUAAAGCCGGCCUUGCCGGCGCUCCGCAAGCGUCGCCGCCUUCGCGGAUGUGGCCCAGUGGAUCCGCCAAGCAGGUCUGCGCCUGUGUGUGAGGAUCCAGCGCUGCUGAGAACUCGGAAACAGAAGAAGCGUCCAAAUGAAUGGGACCUGGAGCUGGAGCUCAGCAGGGAGGCCGCUGAGAGCCGCCGAGCGCCAACCAAGGCCUCGGGUCCCCAUCCAAAGGCCACUGAAGCUCCGGCCUCUACCGGUGCAGCGCGGCCCCCACGGCCUCUCCCCCGGACUCCGCAAGAAAUGCGUCCCGCGCCGAGGCCCAAGCCCGCGCAGCAGAAGCCUCUUGACGGUGAUGACAUCUGUGGUGAAGUUAAGGAACCAACGGCCAGAGGGCGUGGCCGUGACCGUCGGUGCCUGGCCACCGUCGUCGGUGGCCAAGCUUCUACAACAGUAAAUGGCACUGGUGAGGAGAAGCCUGUCGAUGACGCAGGCAACACCAGGAUGAUGGGUGAAACCAGUUCACAACUGCCGCUGCAGCAGCAAGUGGCGCCGGCGACUGCUGCGGAAGGCGUGCCUGGGACUGAAGGCACGCGGCCCUUAGGGGCGACGAUACAGAGUGAAGAAGCCCUUCGGGCUCAGUUGCCGCGUGCGCAGCGCGAACCACUUCUAGGCCUUGAUGCAGCAGCAUUGGCCCCAACGAGCGACGCGCUCACGGCAUCUCACGACCCUGACAGAGACAGAGAGGCUGAAGCGCCUCGCUGUCAGGCUGAUCCUGCUAAAGCCGCCUACCGCCCAAGCUCCUUUACCGCUUCCGGCGACGUGGGCGUCGUCGCCAGUGACCAUGUAGAGGAGAGCAAUCGUGACUGUGGUCCGCCAGCAGGCGGUGCGAUGCUCUCUGACGCUGCUCUGACGCUGGCGGCGGCAGAUCCGCGAGUUCCCGGAGCUGGAUCCAAUAGAGCGAUCGUUGGUGGGGACGUGCCGACAGAGGAAUUGGGCAGGGUAAAAACUGCUAAUCGCGGCAGACGGCGCAGACCGCCCCCGCCUGUUACACCGCCCUCGCCUGUUACAAAGAACACUACUGCUGCCGGUUGCGGUGUACAUGGUGACGAACUGCUGGACGAUGACCCACGGACCAGCUGCAUACCACCAGAACCAAGCGACAGCCGCGCCGCGGGUGGCUUUGGCGCAGACGGGUUGCCCGUCCCCUCACAUGCAGCUGCCCUCCCUGCUGCGGCGGCCCUCACGGCCGUAAAGGGCCGCGGCGGUGCAAGUGGCAGCAGUAGGAGCGGCGGCGCCCGCGCCCCGCACCCCACUGGGCUCUCCCAGCAGCCUGGCGACAAGGCAGGCUGUGCGAGGCGAAGGCAAGCAGGUACAUCGGACCAAGUGGCUGCGGCCGCGGAGAGCGAGGAUCGCCCUAAGCGGCGCAGGACGUGCCAUGGCGCGAGCAACCCGGCACCCAUCACACGCAGGGCGGCUGCUGCGGCUGCAGCUGCCGUGGACGCUGCAGCAGCAAUAGCACCAGGAUUGGGAUUGCAUGGUACCGCAGCUGCAGCUGCAGCUGGUCAAUGCUUCGACAGGCUGGAAAUCGCUGAUGACACCUGUGGGGACGCUCCGUUACGCAGGAGACCUGCAGAUGCGGUCGCUUUGGCCGGUCCGAGCCGCACACUGGUGCCAGCGCCCGACAAGGAGCCCACAGGCCUUGAAGCCCAGGGCGUAGCUUCACCCGCCAAUCCAAGACAGACGGAUGACGCCGGUAAUGGCGAACUGCCUGCUGGCGCGCGUGCGAUGGCGGACGCCGCCGCCGCGCUGCGGCUACUCAGCAAGAAGCGCGGUCCACGGGGCAAGCCUGUCGCGGCCGACGUACACUUGGCGCAGUAUAACGAGGAAGGAACGCAGGCAAGCGCGCGGCCUCAGAGGCGAUGCGUGGGGCGAGUACGGGACGUAGGAGGGACCCGCCGCGGAGACGUGGCCUGCGGUCCAGGGUGGCCGCUACUCCUGCGGCUCAUGACAGAGGCCGAGGGCAGGGACGUGGCAGAGGGCGUGGUCGAGGGCUUGGAAGGGUCGACGGAAGUCAGCGGCCACCCAGGGCGUCAACCCGUGGCCAUCCCGAACGUGCUGGCGGCAGCUGCGAGCAUCCUGCUGACCAUGCAGCCCGGUGUCAAGAUGUACGAGAAGAUCUUCCGGCAGGAAUUUGGCAACAAUCCCGACACCAGCAAGGCGCUGCGCCUGCUGUGGGAGCGGGGUCAUGUUGAGCGUACCGGCAACGGCUUCCGGUGUGACCCGUACGGAUACACAGUUACGUCAGCCGGGCUAGAGGCGGCUGCAGAGCAACGUCAACGGGAACGCGAGGCUGAGCAAGAGCGGUUACGCCGGGAGCCCGCUAGGAACGCAGCGACUGGGGCGCUUGGCGCAGGCUUGAUGGUUUGA